GGUUGAAUCCUACUUUUUCCCAACAGUCAGACUGUCUUUUCAAGUUGAAAUUCCUAUUGGACCCCUUUUGAAAACCAUUUUUUUUGGCUUGCCUUCAAAAUUAUCUCCUUGACGAUGACGUGCUUUCUGAGGCAUUUGGCAGGCCGCUUAGAGGCGCUUAUUGGGUGGCUCAGCCAACUCAACCACUAUACCCUGGCCCUGGCCACCGUGGACCUUGUGUGCGUCGUGUGCCUGCUCCACUACAAUCUUGUGUGCCACGGCAGAGAUAUGUUCUUCUGGUGCGAGGAGCUCAACAAGCGAUUCGUGGAGUACUUGCUCUCCGCCAUUGUGCUGAUUGCCACCGUGCACGUAAUGGGCUCCUGUGUGGAUGCCGUUAUCAUCUCGGCCUUGGUCCAUCGGGAGAUGAGUCGCCACAAUAUGCCACGGCAGCAUUUCGAGGAGCGCUACCGAAGAUUUGUGUUUAUGCGGUUGGUGGGGCGCCUGGAGCAGGCUCUCAAGGUGCAGCAGACGAAUGGGUCGGAGGAGGGCCUGGAGAUGGUGCCGCUGGCCGAGGCUCAGCAGCUGAUCAGGGGGGCGAUCGACGAGUUUCGCACAGCGGUGCGUGUUCUACUGUGGCCCAAUCGAUCGGAUCUGCAGGCAGAGGCGUUUGUCAUCUUUCACAUUAGCGAGGAUCAGCUGGAGCAGCUGGCCGACCAAGGCUACAGCCUGGGCGAUGUGGACGCCCGGGAUAUAGUCAAUGCGCGCCUAAGUCACUUGCUGAACCCACCCUGCUAUUAAAGUGUCCGCAAAUUCAUAAUUAGACAGUGUUUUGGGCAGUCUAGCACUUGGACGUACCUUAAUUAUUCAUUAAAAACUUUUUAAAUUGUAAGCCCAAAA